AUGCGCAUCCUGGGCGGUCGACUCUCCGUGCAGAGCACCAACAUAUUCGGCUACAUCAUGACGUUCGACUGGCAGGUUUGGAUGGCAUUCCUGAUGGCACUGUUCCUGUUGUCCGGUUUGUCUACCGUCGUGAACAUCAUCAGACCGACCCCCGCUGGCCGAACCAAGUUGUCCCUGCUGAGUCUUUGGAAUGAACAGUUCUGGAAGUACCUUGAGAACAUGUUCACGGAAGCGUCUGCAGAAUCCCCCGAGGACACUCCAUCGCGCAUCUUGUCCGCCGUCUGGUGGAUGGCGGUGAUCGUCUUGAUGAACGCCUUCACGGGACACAUGCGGGCCUGCAUGAUGAUCAAGUCCCAGACGGACACCAUCGACUCCCUGGCCGAGCUGGUGACCAGGACACAGGUCAAGACCUACGUUUGGGGAGGCACCGCCUACGUCUUCUUGCUCAGGGACAUGGGAACGCCAGAGUACCAGUCGAUAUGGAGGAGAGUCGAGCGUCAUCGGUCUUUGCUCCCUACCGAGAAGCUGUACAGCAGGGACGUCCUCAAUGAAGUGAUGGAGGGCAAAGCGGUCAUCCUCAGCGAUCGGAGUUCCAUCGUCUACAAGGUGUCCCUCGUGUGCAAGGACUUCAAAGAGGGCGAGUUCUACUUGAGCCGGGAGGCAGUAACCCAGCAUCCGUUCGUAUGGCUCUACAACAAGCUGCUUGCGAAAGACCUGCGAGACGCCAUCGAUCAUAAACUCGAGGCUCUGGUCGAAGGCGGCUUCACCCAGAGGUGGUGGGACCAGGGCGUGGGCACGUGGAGGGAGUGCGGAGGCUCCAGCGGCAGUCAGGAGGACGGCGAUGACGUCACGACGUCCCACACCUCGCUCCAGUUCCAAGACCUGCGCGCUGUCUUCGUGCUGUGGCUGUGCUCAGUCUGCAUCGCCACCGCCGUAUUCGUCCUCGAAGGCUUGAUGGGCGUAGUUUCGCGGAAAUCGGGCUGUUGCCGUGACGCCCGUAAACGGGGUAAAUCGAAGAAGGGACGCUUGGAAUCGCUGGAUUCAUCGAAAGCACUACCGGCCGGCGUUUUCGAACCUCGUCAGCCGAAAAGAGAUAACUAG